ACUUCCGGUAUAGAGCGCAGAGUUUCCUUUACUCUCAACGCGGUUACUUUUUGUAGUCACUUGAAGUCCCUCUGAGGAACAAGGUGGAGGUGCAGUCAAGAUAACGAGUGAACUGUUGAGGAAUCAGAAACAAAGAUGCAUUUCAAAGUACGAGCUGCAACAAAAGAAGACUGCAAAGAAAUAUCGAGAAUGAUAAUGGAAUUGGCGGUUUAUGAAAAAAUGCCCGACCAAGUGAAGAUAUCCCAUGAAGAAUUGGAGCGGGACGGUUUCUGCCAGAAUCCCUUCUUUGAAUGCCUCGUUGCAGAAGUUCCUGAGGAGAAUAAAUCUACAGAAGGAUUCACAGUAGUUGGAUACGCCCUUUACUUUUACACUUACAGUACAUGGAAGGGGCGGACGGUUUAUUUGGAGGACCUGUAUGUGAUGCCAGAAUUCAGAGGAAAUGGAUUUGGAAAGGGUUUACUGUGCAAAGUGGCUGAGGUGGGGAAGAAGCAGCAGUGUGUGCGGCUGCAGUUGUCUGUGUUGGACUGGAAUACCCCAUCGCGAGACUUCUACGCUGCCAAAGGGGCUCAGGACCUCACAGACAGCGAAGGAUGGCACUUUAUACGUUUUGACGGACAACACCUGGACGAUUUGGCCAAUGAAGCUCCAAAAGAUUGAAAGUCUGCAGAGGAAAAAAUGUAUCUUGCUCUGAAAGGACGUCACUGGUGCCAAAUUAAGCUUCACGGUCCCUGGUAUGUCAUUUUAAAUACUCAGUUUUGUAUUAAAGUACCUUUGACCCUCA